AUGGUCACUGCAUACCAAUGGCUUCACGUCAGGCCCGUUCUAGCACCACGUUAUAUCGACUGGGAAUACUUCAACGACGAGCUCGAGAUCGAUGACGAUAUUCUCCGCUACAUCAGGUUGCUUGAUCUCGAGGAAUUCGAGGAUACGGAGGCGUAUGCUUACCGGUAUUUGACUCUGGAGUUCUUCAGCACAGUCGCCAAGCACGAAAAUGGGAAGUACCUCAUGGCUCGACUUAAGGGCACGGAAUAUAAAAGCACCGACAAGGUGUUGCGCGACAUCUACAACUUUGAUCCCUCCAUCGAGUCACGUCACAGCCCCAUGGGAUUCAAGGUUGAUCCGCAUUGGGCGGUCAUCUCCCCCUGCGAGACAUACAAGAAAUAG